GUGACCGACCGUAGUUCAACUUUUCCUUCCAUCCACUUGUGAAGGAGAUGUCCUCUACAACUGAUAUCGUCGCCUCUUCUGGCGGAACUAGCCUCUUCAGCAAGGUCAGGACCACGUUUGCUGUCCUUGGAGGCGUUUAUGUUCUUGCUGUCGGUUUACUUGCAGUUCCAUAUUUCCAAAGCCACACAAUUUAUCUAAAUGCCAUCCGACUACCACUCUUCGCUAACUUUGAUGCUCCGGAAAAGUACGGUCUUGCACUCAACAAGACCCAUAACUUCAAGAUCCACACUUCCGACAAUGAGACUCUAGGCUCGUGGUUUAUCCUCGCAGAAUCUAUCUACCAGUCACUACCAACACCUUAUACACUCCCUCAACCCCACAUCGCAAACGCUAUUCAAUCACGGCCUACUAUUCUGUUCUUUCACGGUAACGCCGCUACCAGGGCUUUUCAUGCACGAGUUCAACACUACUCUUCGUUGACUGCCCGUCUGGACGUUAACAUGUUGGCUAUCGAUUAUCGCGGUUUCGCAGAGAGCUCUGGAACACCCACUGAAGAGGGCCUGAUUCGAGAUGCUCGUGCCGCAUGGGAGUGGCUCCUCAGUCAGGGUGCUAAAGGAGAGGACAUUAUCAUCAUGGGACACAGUCUUGGAACUGGAGUAAGCGCAAGAUUAGCUGCCCAGCUGUCGGACGAGGGCCUAAAGUAUAGAGCGGUGGUGCUCAUGAGUCCGUUUUCCAGUAUUGAAGAAGUCUUAAAGACGUAUAACGUUAUGGGUACUAUUCCAUUGAUCAAACCCCUUACCAUGAUCCCAUACGCAAUGAACUUUGUCUCCUGGGUUCUAGUACACAAAUUUGAUACCCUCAGUGUCGUUCCUAGAAUCAAAGGGGAAGUUCUGAUUGCGCAUGCUGUGAAUGACUGGGACAUUCCCUACACACAUUCCGAAGUUCUCUUCAAUGCUUUCCUCGAAUCCCACCUUCCCUCCGUUGAACUUCCCUCAAACCCUGCUGCGUUAAGCAAGGAGCAAUGGUCUAGGUUCACGAACCAAAUCACUGCCCGAAACGCCAAAAUGGACGAAAUAGUGGAUACGACCAAUUUCCCUUACUUUGGCACGGUGAAGCGAUUCUCAGAGGGCGAACGUGACAUAGUCUUUGUCAAAACACUCGAGGGAAGCCACGAUUAUAUUGGCGUUCAAGAAGGGCUCCAAGAUAUCGUAGGAAGAAAGUACGGAUUAUUCGGAAGCACCAGCUCCGACAGCAGCACUCCUGCGCCAGUGACGCCGAGUGGUCUCGCAGCCGAUAACCUGGAUUUUAUGAAGCCUCGCAAAGAGCUUUUCGAUGAGUUCAAGUUGCCGUUGGAGGAGGCUAUGUGA